UUAUUAAGGCCUUUGUAGCUGAGAUGGGCUUUUGGACCAUGUAGGCCCGGAUCGUCCAGGGAUAGGGUCUUGUGAUGACCAAGGAUAGCGUCUCCUCUGUUCCCUUCCCGGUAUCUGCUUUUUUCUAAAUCGCGCCAUCGGCGACGGAGGUUCGUUGGGAAUUCCGUUACACAUGUCUGUAUGUUUCAGCUUGAUAAACUCUUCAAUUCCAUGGCAUCUUCUUGAUCCCAAGUAUGAAGCUUGGUCACUCAAAUAGCUUUACAAGCACAAGUCGUAGUUUCAACAAAUGGAAGCUUAUCUAUCUACUAGAUAAGUGUUAAAUGCGUGUUGCUAUAAGCAGUAAAAAGGUGAAAGUAAAUCAGAAAUGUGGUAGGAGGUGUUAGAGUGUAUGGAAAAGGGCAUGAGGCAGAGACAGCAAAGAAAUAGUGAUGGAUUGCGCACUAUAUGGACACCUGAAAUGGACAGAUAUUUCAUCGACCUGAUGCUAGAAGAAGCUGGAAAAGGGAACAGGAUUGAUGAUCAUUUAUUUAGUAAACGAGCAUGGAACCACAUGACGCUCUUGUUUAAUACAAAAUUCAGGUUUGAAUAUGAAAAAGAUGUUUUGAAAAACCGACACAAAACAUUAAGAAACGUGUACAAGGUAAUAAACAAGCUCCUUGCCCUAGAUGGGUUUACCUGGGACCAUACUCGACAAAUGGUGACCGCCAAUGAUGAAGUCUGGGACGAUUAUAUCAAGGUACACCCAGGUGCUCGGUCAUACAGAAUAAAAAGCAUUCCGUAUUACUAUGAUUUAUGUGAGAUAUAUAAAAAAAAUGUAUCCGGUAUUGUUGAUACUUGUUGUGGUAUUAUUGUUGUUGAUGGGUUUAUGAUGGAUGAAGAGGUUGAGAAGGGAGGGAGAGGGAGUCGGACAUAUUGGGAGCCAGGGAUGGAUGGAUACUUGAUUGAGCUGAUGGUGGCCCAGCUUCAGAAAGGAAACCAGAUAGACGGCUUGUUCCGCAAGCAAGCAUGGAUGGAGAUGAUCAACUCCUUUAACCACAGGUUUGGUUUCAAGUAUGAUCUUCAUACUCUCAAGAACCGAUACAAGACCUUUAAAAGACAAUAUAACACCAUAAACAAGCUUCUCGGAUCACAAGGCUUUUUCUGGGAUGAUUUACGCCAAAUGGUGAUUGCUGAUGAUCACACCUGGCAGGGUUACAUCCAGACAAAUCCAGAUGCACGCCAAUACAUGACACGACCAGUGCCUUAUUACAAGGAUUUGUGUAUUGUAUUUGUAUGCAAAGAGACUCUUACUACUGUUUCAGCAGCAGAUGAUCAGCAGGAGUCUCCCCAUAACUCCUCUGUUGCUGUAGAACAUGUGAUUGAAGCUAUUCAGGGCUUACCUGACAUGGAUGAUGACCUCAUCUUGGAUGCUUGUGAUUUUCUCGAAGAUGAUAAAAAAGCCAAAACAUUUUUAACCUUGGAUCUUAGACUAAGAAGGAAGUGGCUAAUUAGGAAACUUCGCCCCCAACCUUCAACUACUACUUAAAUAAUUUUGUAUUUUGUUGUGAAAUUACAAAAACAUAGGACAAGAUACGCCCUUUUCCUUAAUCGAUCAUAAAAGAGAUUUGCAAAUCCGUUGAUAGGAAGAGCAAUGUGUAGCCACUGUGGUACUGCGACCAAUGAGAAAUAUAGGCAUCUAAACCUACUUUUCUGUCGACCAAUGACAGCAUUUUUGUAUACAUCUUGAUUGCAUGAUUAAAGAUAAAAAAUUAUUUGCAGCUUCCUAUAUGAUUGUUUGUAUCUUCUGAGUUUUGUUUAACUUUAAGUAC